GCCGCCUGAGGGCUGCACCCUCUCCAGCGGUUUCCUAUCAAGGAAUCAGGCCUUCACUCACCAAAGUUAGAGCUGAGCCUGAAAUUCUCCACAAAAGACGCUGUCAGGAGGAACCAUGGAGGGCAGAGAGGCGCUCCCUCCGCGAGGAAGGCAAGUCCUGAUUUUCUUUGUUUUGCUGGGAUUGUGUCAGGCGGGUUCUGAAUCUGUGCGAUAUUCCAUGGCAGAGGAAACAGAAAUUGGUUCUUUUGUGGCUCAUCUGGCAAGGGACUUGGGGGUGGGGGUGGAUGAACUGUCCUCGCGGGAGGCCCGGGUAGUGUCUGAUGAUAAUGAGAACCACUUGCGCCUGGAUCCGCUGACCGGCGAUUUGCUCCUUAAUGAGAAACUAGACCGGGAAGAGCUGUGCGGCACCACUGAGCCCUGUGUGCUGCCUUUUCAGGUGUUAUUAAAAAACCCUUUACAGUUUUUUCGGGCUGAGCUACACAUCAAAGAUAUAAAUGAUCACUCUCCCACAUUCCUGGACAAGGAAAUACUUGUGAAAAUAUCAGAAAAUACUGCUAUCGGAACCACAUUUCUAAUGGAGAGUGCUCAAGAUAUGGACAUAGGAACCAAUUGUCUGCAAAACUAUACAAUUAGUCCCAACUCUCAUUUCUACAUUAACAUUCGAGACAGUGGUGAUGGAAAGAUAUACCCAGAGCUGGUCCUACACAGAGCAUUGGAUCAUGAGGAGGAACCCGAGCUCAGACUGACACUGACAGCAGUAGACGGUGGGGCCCCGCCCUUGUCUGGAACAACCUUGGUUCUCAUUAAGGUCUUGGACAUCAACGAUAACUCCCCUGAGUUUGCUGAGAACCUCUAUGAGGUGCAGGUGCCUGAGGACACAGACGUUGGCUCCCGGAUUAUCACUCUCUCUGCUAAGGAUAUAGAUGCAGGAAGUUUUGGGAAAAUUUCUUACACACUUUUCCAUGCAUCAGAAGAUGUUCGGAAAACCUUUGAAAUCGACCCAGUAACUGGGGAAGUUGGUCUGAAAUCACACCUGGAUUUUGAAGUAAUACAAACGUACACUAUAACUACUCAGGCAACAGACGGUGGGGGUCUCUCAGGAAAAUGCACUCUUGUGAUUAAGGUACUGGAUGUAAACGACAACCCACCAGAAGUGACCAUUUCAUCAGUCACAAACAGCAUUCCAGAAAACACACCAGAGACUCUUGUCGCCAUCUUCAGUGUUCGAGAUCCAGACUCUGGAGACAAUGGAAGAAUGGUUUGCUCUAUUCAGGAUGACCUCCCCUUCCUUUUGAAGCCCACUUUCAAUAACUUCUACACCCUGGUAACGGAUGGAGCGCUGGACAGGGAGGCCAGGGCCGAGUACAACAUCACCAUCACCGUGUCCGACCUGGGCACGCCCAGGAUGACGACCCGGCACCACGUCGCGGUGCAGGUGUCCGACGUGAACGACAACGCCCCAGUCUUCAGCCAGGCCGCCUACACCCUGCUGGUGCGCGAGAACAACAGCCCCGGGCUGCUCAUCGGCUCCGUGAGCGCCAGCGACAGGGACGCGGGCGCCAACGCGCAGCUCACCUACUCGCUGCUGCCGCCGCCCCAGUCGCAGCCGCCCCAGCCGCCCCAGCCGCCGCAGCCCGACGUGGCGGCGCUCGUGUCGGUGCACGCGGACAGCGGGCAGCUGUACGCGCUGCGCGCGCUCGACUACGAGGCCCUGCGCGCCUUCGAGUUCGGCGUGCGCGCCGCCGACCGCGGCUCCCCGGCGCUGAGCAGCGAGGCGCGCGUGCGCGUGCAGCUGCUGGACGCCAACGACCACGCGCCGGCCGUGCUGUACCCGCCGGCCAACGGCUCGGCCGCCUGCCCCGAGCUGGUGCCGCGCGCGGCCGACGCGGGCUACCUGGUGAGCAAGGUGGUGGCGGUGGACGGCGACGCGGGCCAGAACGCCUGGCUGUCGUUCGAGCUGCUCAAGGCCACGGAGCCCGGGCUGUUCGGCGUGUGGGCGCACAGCGGCGAGGUGCGCACGGCGCGGCCGCUGAGCGAGCGCGACGCGGCCCGGCAGCGGCUGCUGGUGCUGGUGCGGGACCACGGCGAGCCGCCGCUGUCGGCCAGCGUCACGCUGCACGUGCUGCUGGUGGACGGCUUCUCGCAGCCCUACGUGGCGCUGCCCGACGCGGCGGCGGCGGCCGAGCCGGCGCGGCCUGACUGGCUCACGGUGCAGCUGGUGGUGGCGCUGGCGGCGGUGUCGUCGCUCCUGGUGCUGAGUGUGCUGGCGCUGGUGGCGGCGCGGCUGUGCGGCGGGGGCGGGGGCGGGGGCGGGGGCGGGGUGGGUGGCGGGGCGGGGUGUGCGCUUGUCGUUGGCGGCGUUGGCGGCGGCGCGGGUGCGGAGGGCCGCUUCCCGGGGCCACUGCUGGACGUGAGCGGCGGCGGGACGCUGUCGCACAGCUACCAGUACGAGGUGCGCCUGACGGGCGACGCUGGGACCGGGGAGUUCAAGUUCAUGAAGCCCAUUAGCCCCAAUCUUCAAGUCUCUGACGCUUGUAGGAAUAUAGAAGAAAGUGAAAACUUCCGUAAUAGCUUCGGAUUCAACAUUGAAUAAUUUUUUUUAAACUUCUUAUCUUUUAUUCUCGUAAAACUGCUGAUACUUUUUUGUCUAAACUUUAAUGAAUUUUAGAUCAUCUGGUAGUUGCAUGCAUUAUUUCUUAUGCUGUCUUCAGAGUUUCUUUAGAACUCAUUCAAUAACUGUGCAUCCAUGCUUUCUGGGUUUUUAUUUAGUCAAAAGUGUAUUAAUGAAGUUACUACUACUUCUUGCUAUGAUAGUGAUGUGCAAGACAAUAUUUUUAAUUAUUUGCAUAUGGAACCUAAAGUAUUAAGACUAUGUCAUUAUUAAUUUACUU